AAAUUAUUACUUUUUUAUUUAUUGAUUUAUAACCUUAUAAUCGAAAAGCUUUAUUAUUUAUAUUGAUUUUACUUGUAAAACUGGUUUAAAACGACGAAAAUAUAUGUUCAUAUAACGUCAAAUGUCAUUAGUGAUGUUAAUUUAAAAAUUUUGUGAAGACAAGAAAUAAGUUUAAAAGUGUCAAGAAAAUGAAUAAAAAUUCGUCGUCGCGAAUGCCCUCGGCUAUGUCAGUAUUAAGAAACCCAUUAAAAUCAACCUCACCAUCGUCUAAUUAUAAUAUAACUUCAACUUGGUAUCAUAACCUCCCCAUUCCUAUUUUGGUUAAAAUUUUUCGGUACUUUACCCAAUUGGAAUUAAAAAGUUUAAUGCUGGUUUGUAUACAAUGGAAAUAUGCGGCUCAACAUCCCGAUCUAUGGAAAUCGUUAACAAUCCGUGGUAAUGACGUUCCGAUUAAUUUUAUUUGCAAGAAGAUUCGCAGUUGGACGAAAUUAGAGUCGGUUCGUGCUGACGACAUAUUGGAACCGGCAACCGUCAUUAGGCAGGUCUGUAGGUGCAUACCGGGCAUCAAACACCUGGCAAUAAGGCACUGCACUCCAGGUACGGUGCCGGAGUCCGCGAUCCGUUUCGUCAUAAAGUCGUGCCCUCGACUGGAGUCGUUGGACUUGAGUGGAACUCAAAUCAAAGGGACCACUUUUUACAAAGAAUUAUCAUCCCUUACACACCUAAAAAAAUUAAAUUUGAGCGAUAAUCCGCAUUUAGGCGCAAAAGAUUUAAUCACGGCAGUUUUAAAUUGCCGAAAAUUAAACGAUUUAAGAGUUUCAAAAUACGUAUGUAAAAGUGAAGUUUUAAAAGAUGAUGAUGCGGUUUUAAUAUUUUUAAGUACUUGUGACAGAUUGAUUUCUUUAGCUUUUGAUUGCGCAACUUUUUCAGUUUCAACUUUCGGAGUAGUUUUUAAUUGUAGAAAAUUAGAAAGGCUAGCUCUUUUUAGCGCAACGAAAUUAGUUGGGGAACAAUUCGCUUCGAUAUGGCAACAAUUCCCCCGAUUAAAAGUAUUAAAAAUAACCAACGCGUAUCAAAUCAACGACAUUCACGUUAUGGAACUAUUCGAAGACGGGGAACGCGUCAUGAAAAAAUUAACCGUAUUGGAUUUAUCUGGUUGUUGGAAAAUCACCGAAGGAAGUUUGGAUAUUAUAGCGAACGUUGCGCGAAAUUUAGAAAAGUUAAGUUUAAAAAGUUGCAAAAGCAUAACCAGCUUGGAAUCGGUUUCGAAAUAUUUAUUACAAUUAAAAAUGCUCAAUAUGGCAUUUAUGAAAAGUUUACGUUUAAUAACCGCAUUUCCACUUCCUCGAAAACUAAAAAAACUUUAUAUCGAUGAAAAUGAUGAAAUUUUGGGAUGGUUAAAGUCGCUGGAAGAUAAUCAUUCGUUUGAGGUUAAAAUAUGCCUUUCGGAGUACAAUAAAAACAUUAAAGAUGCUGAACUAUAAAUAAAGUUGAUUUAAAAAACUAAAUCUUUGUAAUAUUACUUUUUACAAAGCAACAGAACAGGGGACUCCCUGUAAAAUAUAUACAUUUAGGGGAAUCCCGCUAAUCUGUACGUAUGUAUUGACAGCAGUAAAGCUACUUGGUUCAUGGAAGUACAUAGUGCGAAUCAUUUUAUCAGCAAAGCUUAUACUAUUGUGCGUUUAUUUUUUGAAUUGGUCAGUUUUCAACGUUUGUAGUUUUUAUGGUAUCUUUAUAGUUUGCGUAAAUUUUUUAAUAAUAAUAAUAUAUUUUAUUGUCGUAAUAAACC